AAACUGUUAGCAUUUGUUUUGAUUAUCGGUCGCUAUGUUGUGCCAUAGAGGAAUUUGCACGCAUUUCAGAAAGAUGUCCAUAAAAGCAGCGCUCAUCGAUCUCAGCGGAACGCUGCAUGUGGAGGAUGAGCCUACACCAAAUGCUGUGGCUGCAUUGCAAAGACUGCGAGAAAGCGGCAUCUCCGUUAAAUUUGUCACCAACACUACAAAGGAUUCGAAGAAGUCACUGCACGAGAGGCUAGCGAAAAUAGGCUUCCAAUUGGAUGUCAAAGAAAUCUACAGUUCACUGAGUGCAGCAGCAGCAUUUGUGUCGAAGGAACAGCUAAAUCCUUUCUAUCUGCUGUCGGAUGAUGCUCGUCAAGAUUUUCCAACCGAAGACAAGAGUCGUCAGUUGGACUCCGUGGUUGUGGGCCUGGCACCCAACGCAUUCAACUACGAACACAUGAAUAAAGCAUUCAGGUGAGUUACUUAACACAUUUCAUAUGCACAUUAUUAAAUUCAUUGCUUUGCAGCAUCUUGAUGCAGCAAGUCACACAAACUGGUCGCAGUACAUCAGGGUAAAUACUACAAACGUGCUGAUGGGCUGGCUCUGGGACCUGGUUGCUUUGUCAAGGGUUUGGAGUACGCCACUGGCUCGACAGCAACAGUUAUCGGCAAACCCAAUCCGUAUUUCUUUAAGAGCGCUCUCCCCGAAGGUUUAACUGCCGAGCAAUGCGUGAUGAUUGGUGAUGAUGCCAAUGAUGAUGUGGCUGGCGCUAUGGCUGUGGGUCUCCAAGGCAUUCUCGUGAAGACCGGCAAAUUCUUGCCCGAUGCCUUGGCAGCGUUGACAACGCCACCCACAGCGGUGGUAGAAAACUUUGCCGAGGCUGUCGACUGGCUGCUGUGCAAGAGAAAUUCCUAAAUGAAUGCCUUCUACUUUCUGAAAUAAAGUACAGCUGACGAUUUGAAAAUGUUUACAAAUGUAUUUAAUGUAUUUUAUAAAUAAGCAGAAAUUCUUUUUGAAAAUGCAGCAUAGCUUGAGAACCGUUUGGAACAGUCCACAAUAUAUAGUAUGUAUUUAAUGCGGUUAUUAAUUCCUUGCUGAGUAUGUUUCCAAUAGUCAAUUUAGUUGAGUUUUGUUUGGGCGAAUUUGUUGGCCAACUCGACGAUUUCAUCGACACGCUCAAAAUUGCUGCCAGAGGCCUGAGCAGAUUCCGGUUUACCGCCACCUUUGCCGCCCAGCACUGGAGAAAUGUGCUGUACCCAUUCGUUGGCCUUCAGACCCUUCUCCACAGCGCUCUUGGGCACUGAACACAAGCAAAAGAUCUUCUUGGAGUCGGCAUCCACAGACACAAACAUGGCAGCAGCAUCAGGCAGUUGGGCACGCACUUGUUUCAAGGCAGCAUCCAAAGCCUUAGUGUUGUUAUACGCCUCAAGCUGUUGGACCAACACCAAAGCCUUGGGAUUCUCCUCGCACAAAGCCUUGGCACGCUCCACUACAGUCACAGAGACCGCAGCACGCAGUGCACGCUCCUUGUCGUCGAGAGUUUUUUUCAGUCCCUUCAGCAAGUUGCGCAUCUCAUCCUUCUUCACGUAGGGAAUCGUAGCAUGCGAGAUUUGUUCAGUCAGCUCAACAAUCUGCUUCACAUAAAGUUUGGAAUCCUGGCCCGUCUUGUCCGCUUCGAUGGUGGCCUUGAGUUUGCCAAUUUCCUGCUCGAAUGCUUCCGAUUUCUUGAUGGCUUUCAAUGCCUCCGGUCCGGUCAAGGCAACAAUGCGUCUGAUACCCUUGGCAAUGGCCUCCUCGCUGCUAAUCACAAAGUCCAUAAUGUGACCCGAGCGACGCAGAUG